AGGAGCACAACAGCGCCGGGACUGGUGGAGUUGACGGAGAAGCAGGAGUUGGAUGAACUGGAAGAAUCCAUGGGGCAGCUGCCGUCCCGGUCCCGGUCCCGGUCGGAGUCUGGAUUCUUUGCUACGCGAUGGUGGUGGUAGCGCUGGCGGGGGCGGUUCUUCUACGCUGGGAGGCCCCACCUCGCCUAGGGCGGUGGCACCCUCUGCAGCCGCUCCCGGGGACCUCGGGCGCCGCCAUCUUAGCCAGGACGGAAGCCGCGCGGGGACCUGGAGCGCGCGCGCAGCCUGCGGACUCCGGAAGUGGGCCGUCUCGCGGUGGACUCCGCAUGGCGCAGGACCUUGAGCUUGGGACGUCCGUGUUUCCCGGCUCGCAGACACAUCUGGACGCUCUGCUUAGAAACCUCUACGACUUUGGAGAGACAGAAGAUGAAGCAGGUAAGAAAAGGGUCAGAAAGAAAAGUGAAAGCAAGAAGAGAGAUACAGGGACUCCAGUGGCCUUGACAGCAGAACUCACUCCCCUACCUGGUUCUCAUGUAAGAGGCCCAAGGAAAAGUGCUACCUGCUUCUUCAGGGAGCUCAGAGAAGAGCUGCAGUGUGCUUCUGCUGUGACCCCCCUGGGCUAUCCCUCAGGACCAGAAGUCUCUAGUGCUACAGUAUCUCCCACGUCCUUGAAGAACAACAGGGGGCAAGUAGAAGUGAUAGAAUUUCACAGCGGAAAUAAAAAAAGACGACAGAAGCUAGAUCCAGAUGGUAGCACAAAGACCAAAACUAACAUCCAUGAGAAAGACAUGAGUAUACAAGAAUUUAACUUAGAAAAGGCACGUUUGGAAGUGCACCGGUUUGGGAUCACAGGUUAUGGAAAAGGAAAGGAAAGAGCCCUGGAACAGGAACGCGCCAUUAUGCUGGGUGCUAAGCCUCCUAAAAACAGUUAUGUGAAUUACAAGGUUUUCCAGGAGCAAAUCAAAGGAAAAAGGGCAGCAAAGGAGGAAGAACAGAGAAUGGCCCAGGACACAGAUAUUUUCAAGAAAAAGAAGAGGAAAGGGCAGGAAGACAGGAAACUCAAAAAGAAGAAAUCAGCUCCCAUUUUGUCAAGUGGACAGAGUGGACAGGUUGGAAAAUUCAAAAAUGGGACAUUGAUUCUGAGCCAAGUUGAUAUCAAGAAAAUUAAUUCUUCCCGAGUGGCUAAAUGAAGUACUUUGUAACAUAAAGAGAGGACUGGGAAAGUGCCAUUAUACUGAAACUGGACUCCUGCGAGACUUCUAGAUUAUUAUUUAUUUUCAAUACAUAGACUUUAAAUUUUAGGGAAAAAAUAAAUUAUAAAUAAUAAAAUUUCAAGUUGCUAAGGUGUCUGUUUUGGAGUGAUAACCAUGUUGGGCCAUCUAUAGUGUGAACAUAAAGUAAACCUAUUGAAAAUGAUGUUUAAUCUCCAGCAAAGCUCACUCUAGUUUCAUUUUGGUGUUUUGUGCAUUUGCGUAAGGUAAUAUUUUUUCAUAAAUUUACUGAUUUUGUAAAUGCUAAUAAUCUUAAAGUGCCUCAAUUUUUCAAAAAAUGAUGUUACUGUAUCAUGAAAGAAUGUGAUAACUUGACAGAUGUUUUAAUUUUAAAAAAAAUCUAAAACAGUUUUAGUUUUCAGCCUACCAGGUAUAUAAAAUCUACCUGAUAAGUUAUGUAACUAAAGUACAACUUUUGUGGUAUAUAUAGCCAUGAUUAUUAAAUAACACAACAGAGGAAUAUCCUAGUAGCUACUUUUAAUCAAAUAUAAUCUUCAAAGUAAUCACCUUGGGCAGCUAAACAUUUGUUUUAUAAAGAUACCACCCUUGCUGAAAGUGUCUGAAACUUCUCAAAGCCUGUGGCACAUUUUAAAAAUUCAUGGUGGUAAUCAAUUUUGGCAACCCCCCUUUUUUUUGCCAACAAUUCAGAUCCAGACCUAGUAAAUAACCAAAUUUUGGUGAAAACAGAGUAAGUGGCUGACUUCUUUAUCUGACUUGUAAGUUGACUCCAAAGACAUUGCCAAAUGAGCUAAAAAAAUGUUUUGAAUUGACACAAAGUUGGAAUUAGUAUUUUACUUUCCAGGAUUAUUUUGAAAGGCAGUAUUCAUUAGGAGAUAGAUGGAUGAGAUGGACAGAUGGGCAGUUUUUAAAAGUAAUGAUUUAAGAAGGUGUAGAAGAUCCCAAACGUGACAAUGCUAGGAAGAACCUCGAGUUAGAAAUGACCUAUGAGAGUGGUCCUGGAUCAGUAUAACUCCCUUCCUUUUUCAACAGAGAGCCUGGAGAUAGUGCUGGCCCCACCUUACUCCUGCCUCCCACAGCUGCAUGGCCCAGACAUGGAGCACUGUCCCAGGCUAGUCAGUUUUGGAAAAGCAUGCCAGUUCCAAGUAUAAAUUGCUUUUUGGUUUCACCUUUUAAUUUGCUGAAUAAAUAUUUAAAGAGCAGUUUUGUGACCACUGGGCAUUCUAGAAACAGAUUUAGGGACUAAAAGAAAGCAGCUUGUACUUUAAGGACUGAGUAUCAUGUUUAGACCUUGCUUUUUAUUUCCCCAUUGAUAAAGCUUUCUCCAGCAAGAUUAGCCACAGAGAGAAGCCACAGUGAAAAACAGUCAUCCAAGGGAAGACGGCUUUGACCAAGAUCCUGGCAAAAGCUGCAAAGGAAAGAAACUGGGCUUCAGGGUGGUGGAUAAGUGUUUCCUCACUGUCUUAAUCUGCCAUCUCCCCUUUGCAGGAGCUUCUUCCCAGUUGUGCACACCUCUGUGAGGAUCAGUUCUUACUCCGCACAAGCUUCCUGCCUAUUGUUCCUCCCAGUGAUCCACCAAGGGAAGUUGUGAUUCCUGUCCCUGCAACUCUUGGUUCUAUGGACCCAGAGACUCUGUUUCCCAACGGGAGAAGCAGAAAACAGUUAGUGUCCUACUGAACCAAGGUUGUUGCCUGGCAUGAAGAGCUCCCACCCUGCAGGGGUGGUUGACCAUGACUAUAAAGAGCAGGUAGAGCUGCUGUCACCCAGGGGAGCAGGAAGGAAUCUGCAGCCAAGCAGUCCACUGGGGCAUUCUCUUGAUAUGCCCUUUGCCUGAUGUUGAUGGUGAAUGGACAAGUGCAGUGACCUGGGACAGAAGGAACUGGUGACCAGAGGCCCAGACUCCCCAGGGGAAGGGUCCCGGUCAGGUUAGCAGAAGUGCUAUGUGAGGGCCAGGGGAGCCAAGAACAAAAAGCAGAAGCGAUGAGUGUUGCCGCUCCAAGACCAGCUAGAGUGACAGGGGAUGUAUUUUUUUCCCCAACCUUCCUCGUCUAAGCUUUCCUCCCUGGAAUUCUUGAAGAGUUUCUCCCCAUACUUCAGUGAGGCACAGAUCUGUGGCACAGGGGCUGGCCUGGUGGACACGGCGAUUUCCUCUCAGACCCCCUUCUAGAAAUAAGGACUUUCUCAGCUACCAAGACUAGAGAGAGCACCUCCUCCUGCUAUUAACCCUCCCCAGGGAUGGCCUUGUUGAUUCCUGGGGUGAAUCCACAGCCAGUGAAGGAUUGACAGGAGCAUCUUAAGGUCUAGGCCUCUUAUCCCAACUCGGGACUGCUGUGGAGUUGAGUUGGCUGAGGCCUUUGCCGGUCUGCAUCUCAGCUUGAUGUCUCCCUCGGCCCAAUCCUGCUUCCUUUCCUUUCAUUCCAAGGGUGUGGAUCCCAAAAGCACCUGCUAAUAAAUGUCCUGCUCUGUAA